UUUUUUUAAAAAAAAAUGGAUAUUGUGAAUACUUUUGAAUCAAGUGCGAUCAAGUUGAAAAGUUUCUAUAAUGGAAAUAAGGUUGUGAACGAUCCUAUUCAUGGUCAUAUUACAUUAGACGACUAUACCGUAGAAUUUAUAGAUACACCUCAAUUCCAACGACUUAGAGAUUUAAAGCAGCUUGGUGUUCUUUAUUUUAUUUUUCCUGGAGCAAGCCACAAUCGCUUUGAGCAUUCCGUUGGUGUGUCCCAUCUUUCCGGGACGCUUGUUGAGCGAUUUGCUAGAGAGCAACCUGAAUUAAACAUUACUUCGGAUGAGAUCAAAUGUCUUAAACUAGCUGGUUUAUGUCAUGACUUGGGCCAUGGUCCAUUUAGCCAUGUAUUUGAUGGAUGUUUUAUGCCACAAGCUCGACCUGAACUAAAUUGGUCGCAUGAACAAGCAUCUGAAAUGAUGUUGGAGUAUCUUGUGGACGAUAACCAUAUCGACAUUGACAAGACAGAAAUUAAUUUUAUCAAGGAUUUAAUUGCAGGCGAACCUCGAUCCAAGUCUAAAUACCAAGAACGCAAAUUCCUGUUUGACAUUGUGGCAAACAAAAAGAACAGUGUGGAUGUAGACAAAUUUGAUUAUAUUGAACGAGAUGCUUAUAAUAUGGGUCUUCGUAGUUCUUAUGAUGCCAAGCGUUUACUGGUCUAUAGCCGAGUAAUUAACAACGAAAUAUGCUAUCAUCAUAAAGAAGUCUACAACAUGUACGAAAUGUUCCAUACUCGUUAUAGUUUAUUUAAACAAAUUUACCAUCACCGUGUUGGAGAAUCUAUUGAAUGGAUGAUUGUGGAUGCGUUUUUGGCAGCUGAUAAUUAUCUCAAGAUUUCUGAAGCUGUACACAAUCCUGAAGAAUACCUAUUUUUGACUGACGAUAUUAUACGUACGAUUGAAAGAUCCAAAUGUCCAGAAUUACAGGAAUCGCGUCGUAUUAUUAAAUUAUUAAGAACACGGAACUUGUACAAGUUUGUAGAUGAAUUCUUGAUUCCUCCUCAUCUGGAAGCUCAUUUAAAUGAGAAGACAGUUACUGCACAAGACAUUGUCAAUUGCCAAACCGAUAAUGCAGGCCUAGUUGAACAUGAUGUAAUUGUCAGUUUCUCAAGUAUUAACUAUUCCAUGAAAGAAAACAAUCCUGUAGAUUCUAUUCGAUUUUUCUCUAAAUUCAAUGGCCAAGAAUCAUUUAAUAUUUCACAAGAGAAAGUAUCUUACAUGAUUCCAAGAAAAUUUCAAGAUAUCAAUCUUCGUAUUUUUACAAGAGAUCCAAGCAAAAUGUUAGCUAUCCAAAAAGCUUUCCGUAGGUAUUUGAGCCAAAUUACAAAGACAGAAACUGUGGUUGACCCUACAGUUUCUGUUCCUGCUGAAUAUCAAAAUUUGGUAUUCUCUAAAAGACGUCGUAUGUCUUCAUGUGAUAAUGGAUCAACUUAGAAAUAUAUUUAUAUAAAUAAAGAAAU